AUGGUAGAUGACAAUGCAAGCUACAGUAUUCUGAUUUCUACAAUUGCAGAACAACUAUCAAUUGAUACUACAGAAAAAAUUGUAGAAAUCAAAUGCAUCGUGAACGACAAUUGUCCCCCAAUGGAGAUUAGGAAUGAUAUGGGGGUUCGUGUUUAUAUGGAGACCAAAAAGGAGAAUAGAAACUUAGGUUCAUAUCCGUUAUGCAUAAGUGUACGAGAUUUCAAUAUGGAAUUGGCAAUCACCAACGAUAACACAAGUGCAGGUUUGUCUGGAUCCCUAAAGUUACUUGAUAUGCCAUCCUUUCUAGAUAUAGAGGAAUAUCAAAGUGAAAUAAUAAAAGAAUACACGCAAACUGAUAUUGAAGAAGGACAAGUGUAUCAGGACAAGCAAACUGUAGCUGCUGCAAUGAAGCACUUUUCUGUGGUGCACAAGUUCCAGUUCAGAGUUAAAAGAUCUAGUCAUAGAAGCUACUGGCUUGUAUGCGGUGGUGAAAAAUGUAAAUGGCACUUCAAGGCAACGUCAAUUAAUGAUUCCGCAAUGUUCAAGAUAAGGAGUUUCAACAGACAACACACAUGCUCCUUAAUGGACGAAACAUUCAUACAGCGCAAACGUACUGCAGCUAUAGUUGGUAGCAUGGUCGUUCCAAAGUAUUGUGAUCCAAAGACUGUUUACACACCAAAAGACAUACAAACUGACAUGUUAGCAGAACACGGAGUGAACCUAAGCUACAUGCAAGCAUGGAGAGCAAAGGAAAAGGCUUUACAGUUUUUGAGAGGGAAUCCAUCUGACUCCUACAGCAAAUUACCCAACUAUUUUUAUAUUCUUGAGGAGACUUAUCCUGGUUUGGUUGUUAAAUUGAAGAAGACAGCAGAUGAAUGCUUCUUAUACGCAUUUGUUGUUCUUUGUACAUCAAUAAGUGGUUGGCAACAUUGUACGCCAGUAGUAGUGGUUGAUGGGACAUUCUUAAAGUCAGCAUACAGGGGGAUUAUGCUGACAGCAAGCACCAUGGAUGCAGCAAGUACAAUAUUGCCCUUGGCAUAUGCUGUGGUUGAUUCUAAAAACGACGCAUCUUGGAAGUGGUUCUUUGAGCAAUUCAAGCAGGCAUAUGGUGAAAGACCUUCAAUGUGUGUUGUUUCAGAUAGGAAUGAGAGUAUAAUGAAGGCAACGGGCAUGCCACACUACUCUUGUAUAUGGCAUAUUUGGACAAAUAUAAGGUCAAAAUUCAAGAAGGGCCAUCUACAAUUACAUGAAUUGUACUUUGCUACAGCAGGGGCAUACACACUGGAUGAAUUUAAUGAAAGGAUGUCGAAGAUUGAAGAGAUAGACCCUCGUGUUAAAUCAUACCUCUAUGAUAUUGGCUAUCAUAGAUGGUCAAUAGUACAUGCAACGGUGAAUAGAACUUGGACUAUGACAUCAAACAUUGCAGAGUCAUUGAAUGCUGUAACAAAAUAUGCAAGAGAGCUGCCAAUAUUUGACCUACUAGAGUAUAUGAGGACGCUUCUUGAAACUUGGACGAAAGAGAAGUUAUUGAAGGCUAAGGGUACCUUCACAUACCUUGGGUACAAAUUCAACAAAGAAUUGGAGAAAAACAGUACAGUAUCUCAGAAACUUAGGGCAUCUAAAUUUAUCUUUGAUAUAGUUGUGUCACCUUGGGGUGCUCCUGUCUUGUUCGUGAAGAAAACGAAUGGUUCUACGCGUAUGUGCAUUGAUUAUCGCCAGUUGAACAAAGUUACAAAGAAGAACAUGUAUCCUUUGCCUCGUAUUGAUGACUUAUUUGAUAAGUUACAGCGUGCCAGAGUGUUUUACAAGAUUGACUUGCGUUCAGGCUAG